ACUUUGCUGCCAACUGGGUCCCUGGACUGCCGGCCUUUGAAGUUUGAGUCUUGCACGAGAGGCUUCCUUCGUAGUAGUCCGCGAUGUCUGGCAAGCAGGAGCGGGUGGUGGCGUUGGCGGACAUGGACUGUUUCUACAUGCAAGUGGAGCAGCGUCUGGACCCCAGUCUGCGCGGCAAGCCGUGUGCCGUGGUGCAGUAUAAGACGUGGAAAGGAGGCGGGAUAAUUGCUGUGAGCUAUGAAGCUCGUGCUUUUGGAGUUACCAGGAACAUGUGGGCUGCUGAUGCCAAGAAGCUGUGCCCAGAUCUUCUGUUAGCUCGAGUGCCAGAGGCUCAUGGAAAAGCAGAUCUCACUAAGUACCGAGAAGCAAGUGCUGAGGUGAUGGAAGUGAUGUCACGCUUUGCAGUGAUUGAGCGUGCCAGCAUCGAUGAGGCCUACAUGGACUUAACUAGUGCUGUGCAGGAAAGGCUUCAGAGGAUGCAAGGACAGCCUAUUGUAGCAGAACAGUUGGCAACCACCUAUAUCCAGGGAUUGCCAGAAAACUCUGCAGCAAAGGAGAACACAGACAGCAAAGAAGAACUGCGGCAGCAUGGCUUGUGCCAGUGGCUUGAGUUGUUGCCUUUUGGAGAUCCUAGCAGUCCAGAGCUGCAGCUAACUGUUGGAGCAAUAAUUAUGGAAGAAAUGAGGGCAGCUGUGGAAUCUAUCACAGGAUUUAGAUGUUCAGUUGGAAUUUCUCAUAACAAGGUAUUAGCAAAACUGGCUUGUGGCCUCAACAAACCCAAUCGGCAGACUCUUAUAUCGCAGAGUUCUGUCCCUAAGCUGUUUAGCAAGAUGCCAAUCAGCAACAUCCGCAGUCUUGGAGGGAAGCUAGGUGCUUCCAUCACUAAACUUCUGGGAGUGGAAUACAUGGGUCAGUUAAUCCAGUUCAGUGAAUCACAUCUUCAGACACAUUUUGGAGAUAAGACUGGCUCCUGGUUGUAUGACUUAUGUAGAGGAAUUGACCAUGAACCUGUAAAACCUCGACAAUUGCCAAAAUCCAUUGGCUGCAGUAAGAACUUUCCUGGAAAAGCAGCUUUGGUUAAUAAGAAGCAGGUGCAACAUUGGCUGCUGCAGCUGGCCUUGGAACUGGAAGAGAGACUUCACAAGGACCGAGUCCAAAACAACCGGGUAGCUAAACAUCUGAAUAUUGGGAUCCGUAUGCAGGGUGGUAAACAUGCCAAUGGCCUAUCCCGCUGCUGUGCCCUGUCUCAGUACGAUUCCCAGAAAAUCAGCAGAGAUGCAUUUACUGUCAUUCAGAAUUACAAUACAGCAGGAGGCCAGCAGGCUGCAUGGUUUCCUCCAAUCACACUUCUCCAACUUUCUGCAAGCAAGUUUUUGGAGAUUUCCACAGCAUCCUCUGUUGACAUCACCACUUUCCUGAACACUGCUAGCAACUAUACCCAGCCCAUUAGUGCAACUAGCCCAAAGGCCAAAUCUGUUGGAAGCCCCCAAAAGGCAGGCAAGAAGGCUAUGAAUGCAAUUCAGAUGCUCUUUCAGAGGGCAGAAGAAAGGAAACAAGCUCAAGCUACAGCUGGGUCAUCAUCUUCUAGUGCCGCUAAUUCAAACACAAUCCUGUCAGUAUCAUCUACUUCAUAUCACAGAGAAUUAAUUCCCAUUGGCAGCCAAAGUCCAAAUGACCUUCUAGGACAAAACAUUACCAGUAAGAACCAGUCUUUGUGCAGCUCUGAUGCAGGGCUUGAGGAGACCACUUUGCUUAGUCAAGUUAACACUGAAUCUGUUAAAACAGAACUGCUCAAGGUCCCUUCACAGCAACCUGAUUUGUGGAAAGAAAAGAAUAUACCACUUGCUGUUGAACUUUUCCAAGAGAAAACUGAUAGUGGAACUCCUCAUACCUUCACUGGGGACCAAAUGUUGUGUGAAAAGUGUAACCAAGCAGUGUUGGUGUGGGAGUAUUCAGAACAUUUAGACUAUCAUUUUGCUAUGGAACUGCAGGACUCUCUCUCAGGACCCAGCUCCAUCAGGCUUCCUGGGGCUGUUAGCAGCCCUCCAACUAAGGGCAAAAGCAAACCAAGGACCCCUACGGCCUCUAAUGGCAAACGGGCAAGGAAAGACAUUCUUGGGACUCUGGACUCCUUUUUUAAGCGUCUGCCUCCUUAGACAAGUUCAGCUGGGCAGCUAAAGUUUUAUCUCAAAAGAAGGGGAAACUUUUCUUUGUCUGCCUUAUUAAAAUAUGCUGAUAAUUUAUGCCCAGCAGGUGCUCUGAGAACCUCAAGAACUACUAUGGCUGUUGAAAAACAGCUGCUGGUACCUACAGCACUUAAUAAUUAUGAUCUUAAUUGCACCUUAAGGUGAUACCAGGUUGGUGUUAAGUUGCCACUCAAGUGAUGGAUGCUACAUCCUUGUCAUUACUCAUUGAUUAGCUUGCUCAUUGCUAUUUAAGUAUCCAUCUCAUGAUUAAUUUUUAUGAUGGUGUACAAUAAACUUUUUAAAAUUUGCUAUGGUCUAUGCUGUAGCACCUUACAUCCAUUAAAUUUGUCAGUUUUUAUUCUCUGAGCAUCUGAAGGUGAACAAUUAUUUAUGGAAGCUUAUGCUGAAAUAUUGUCAGUCUUUAAUGUAUGAACUUUUUUGAUAUCACUGAGCAAUAUGCUCUUUGCCUGUUCAGAAAGAGUACUUGCUUCUACUGCAGUCACUAUUGUUCUUCUGUAAAACUGGUUAUUUUGUCUUUUUAAGUCCCUGGACCAGCAGGCUGGCAUUGUGAUGCUGGACAGAAACAAAUUAUCUGGUAACUACUUUUACAGACAAAAAGCCUUAUUUGAUAUUUCAAGUAAAAAAAUUAAUGACAGUGCAGUGUGUACAUAGGGCUGAAUCCAAUCUAUUUUCCAUAGCUGGAAUGGAACUUUCCUCCCCCCCCACCCCCCACUGCAGCCUACUGAUCUUCACAAAAUUCUGCUGCUGGGGGUAGGGGAUCCUGAGCAAAGACAUGAAUGGGGUGUGCAGCAGGAAAAAGAAAUAGGUGGGAAUGUAUUGGUACACAGCUGGUUUAUAUAAGGGUUCCAGAUUAGUAACUAGAUUUCUGCAUACAUAGCACUGAAAUGUAGCCUUAGAUCAGUGUUUGAACUUUCUAGGCUAUAUGUAUAAAUUAGAUUUUCUACAUUAAAAGAAGCCUGUAAUUAUAGCGGCAUUUAACUAUACUUCUGUGGUUGAUGGGAUUGACAGGAGCCUAGAAAAAAAAGCCUUGCCCUUUUAAGAGGUUUAAUAUAAUGUUAUUUAGCAAGUGAUAUUAACUUACUCUAUGCCAUGAAAUCUUCACCUGCCCUUUCCACACAUUAAACGUCUAUUAAAGGGGCAGGACAUUUUUCUCCAGGAUGUUGGCUACCCUAGCAGUUGACAAAGAUGGGAGUAUUCAUAAGUUAAAUAUAUUUUAAGGGGAAAGUGGCUUCAGUUCUAAAGCGUAGAUUAGUUUGAGCUGAAAGCGCUAAGAGCAGGAGCUCUUAACUUGCCAUUUUUUCCCAGCUUGCUUCAGUAACAUAUAAAUAGGACAGAGAUUUGAGCUAAUGUGGGGAUCCUCAGAUGAUGGAUCAUUUAACAAAGGGCCCAACUGAAUCAUAUAGUGGGAGAGCUGCAGUUUCCUUUAAGGUGUGUUAUAGUAUAUAUAGCAAGUUAAAAGAUUUUCUGCUCCUUAUCUCAGUCAUCAACCAAAAGGAAAACUGCAACCAAUAUGUCAUGAGACUGAGACUUAAAAAGGCAGCUAAGAAGGAACUAGAAAAGAUCCUUAAGUGUAAGGAAGUGUUGCUGAAGAUGAAGAUAAUUCUUACUAUGGUAUUUGCCAUUACUAUGUAUGGAUGUGAAACAAAAAAAAGCUGACAGGAAAAAAAAUUGAUUCAUUUGAAAUGUGGUGUUGGAGGAGAAUUUUUUGGAUACCGUGAACUGCCAAAAAGACAAGUAGGUUCAAGAUCAAAUCAAGCCUGAAGCUAAAAUGACUAAACUUAAGACUAACAUACUAGGAAGAGUUGAAGGCAGUAAGAAAAGAGGAAGACCCAACAUGAGCUGGAUUGAUUCGAUAAAGGAAGCCACAGCCUUCUGUGUUAGUGAUAGGAUAUUUUGAAUGGCACAUGACACAUUGCAUAGCAAAAAUAAUAAAAAA